AUGGCUGAUAAAGUUGCAUCGUAUCACGACGAUCCCGAUCGACUGGCUCUUGCGCAACAAAUGGAGGAUAACAAAACACAUGCGGUAAAGUCGAAGUUCGACUACGCAAUUCUCAUGGACGAAUGCACAAAGAGCGGUGCGCCGUACAUGCUGCUAGUUGAAGACGACGUUGUCUUCUUGCAUGGAUGGCGCCAUCGAACAAUGAAAGCCUUGGGAAUAGCAUCAGUGGAGUCGUGGGGGGCAGCCCACACAGACUUCCUUUAUUUGCGACUCUUCCAUCAUGAAGGUCUUCGAGGGUGGAACGUCGAAUCGUGGCGCAGAUACCUUGGAUGGUCCGUUGUCAGUACCACGAGUAGUUUAUGCGCCUUGUUUUUGGCACGCCGAUUUGUAACCUCAGCCCGACGACAUCUCACACGAUCAGUUGUCCUACUUGUACCGUUUGUCUUCACUCCCCUCCUGAUAAUACUGUACUUCGCCGCGGGGGCCAACUGCGUACAGCCGCAGCCCGAGGGUGUGCACUUGAUGCCCAAAAAUGCAUGCUGCGGCCAGGCCCUUGUUUUCCCUCAAACUACUGUCACCAAGGAGCUUCUGCCGCUUUUCGAGAAGAAUCGAUGGUCAGAGUCGCCUACUGACAGCUUCAUCGAGGAUUAUGCAAAUGCUAAAGGAGGACUGCGAUGGGGACUGACGCCCGUGGUUGUGCAACAUGUUGGAAGCACGAGUACCUACAAUACGGAUGAACGGCUGUAUGGGAAUAUGACCCCGAGUGAUAUUUGGAACUACAAGUUCGAGGAAAAUGCACCGUCUAGUUUAGCUGAGGAGCAUUUGCGGCUGUAUGGGCCAGUUAUGACGAAUGAUUAG